AUCCUGUGCUGGCAUCGUCCUCCUUUCUUCGGAGGUUCCUAAGCGUGGAGAGUACUAUAGAAGUGUUUGUUAAGAGAGAUCCGGUAUUUGUUUCGGGCACUCGUUCCUUGAUUGGGAAGCGAGAAACGGAGAUAGACCGCAAGAGACAGUAGUGGAAAUCAGUAGAUAAUAAGAUAUAUAGUGUUGAAAAUGGAGCGGUAUUUGAAGAGAUUCGAGGUGGAGCACAAAAAUCCAUCAGUGGAAGCUCUGAGCAGAUGGAGAUCCGCGGUAACGGUCGUGAAGAACCCCGCCCGCCGAUUUCGUAUGGUCGCUGAUCUCGUCAAGCGAAGAGAGGCGGAGAAGAAAAGGCUAAAACUCCAGGAACAAAUACGAGUGGCUCUUUAUGUACAGAAAGCGGCACUGCAGUUCAUCGAUGCUGGUGGUCCAUCCCAUGAAUACAAGUUGUCAGAUGAGGUUAAGGAGGCAGGUUUUGGUGUAGACCCCGAUGAGCUUGCAUCUAUUGUUAGCAGCCAUGAUAUUAAGCGCUUGAAAGACAAUGGUGGAGUUGAAGGAAUUGCAGAGAAAGUAUCCGUAUCACUUAGUGAAGGUGUCCAAGAAAGAGAAUUACCUACCAGGGAAAAGAUCUACGGCCUCAAUCAAUAUACAGAAAAACCUCCCAGAACCUUUUUGAUGUUUGUAUGGGACGCACUACAAGACCUGACACUAAUUAUUCUUAUGAUUUGUGCUCUAGUUUCUAUAGGCGUAGGAAUCCCCACUGAAGGAUGGCCGAAGGGUUUGUAUGAUGGAUUGGGAAUCUUACUCAGUAUAUUAUUGGUGGUCAUGGUUACUGCUAUUAGUGACUACAAGCAGUCCUUGCAAUUCAGAGAUUUGGAUAAGGAGAAGAAAAAGAUUUCUGUUCAAGUCACUCGGGAUGGUUAUAGACAAGAAGUCUCCAUCUAUGACUUGGUCGUGGGAGAUAUAGUUCAUUUAUCAAUCGGGGACCAAGUUCCAGCUGAUGGGGUAUUUAUAUCCGGAUACAGCUUUCUUAUUGAUGAGUCAAGCUUGUCAGGAGAGAGUGAACCAGUUCAUGUAUACAAUGGAAGACCUUUUCUUCUUUCAGGAACCAAAGUUCAAGAUGGGUCUGGAAAGAUGCUGGUUACGACAGUUGGUAUGAGGACAGAAUGGGGGAAGUUGAUGGAAACCUUGAGUGAGGGUGGAGAAGAUGAGACACCACUGCAGGUGAAGCUAAAUGGUGUUGCUACAAUUAUUGGAAAAAUUGGUUUGGCUUUUGCUUCACUGACCUUUAUUGUACUUACUGCGAGGUUUCUGGUGGGGAAAGCGAUUCAUAAUGAGUUGACAGAUUGGUCUUCGAGUGAUGCAUUGACACUUUUGAACUACUUUGCCAUUGCAGUUACUAUAAUUGUUGUUGCUGUACCAGAAGGAUUACCACUGGCUGUGACACUUAGCCUUGCCUUUGCAAUGAAGAAAUUAAUGAAUGACAAGGCCCUUGUAAGACAUCUGUCUGCAUGUGAGACAAUGGGUUCUGCUAGUUGUAUCUGCACAGAUAAGACGGGGACAUUAACCACAAACCAUAUGGUGGUUAAUAAGAUAUGGGCAUGCAGAAAAACUGAAGACAUCAAAGCUCACAGGGUUGGAGAUUAUUUGAACUUGAAAAUAUCUGAUGGUGUUGUAGCUAUUCUUUUGCAGGCUAUAUUUCAAAAUACUAGCUCUGAAGUAGUCAUAGAUAAAGAGGGAAAGCAAAGCAUUUUGGGAACACCAACUGAAUCUGCACUAUUGGAGUUUGGCUUGCUUUUAGGAGGGGAUUUCAGUGCACAGCGUAGACAAUGCAAAAUACUUAAAGUUGAGCCUUUCAAUUCAGUAAAAAAAAAGAUGACUGUUCUUGUGGCACCUCUUGAGGGUGGUUUCAGGGCUUUCUGCAAGGGUGCAUCAGAAAUAGUAUUAAAAAUGUGUGACAAGGUUGUUGAUGACAGUGGAGAAGUUGUUGUUCUGUCUGAAGAACAGGAGAGGAAUGUCUCUGAUGUGAUUAAUGGCUUUGCCUCUGAAGCUCUGAGAACUCUCUGCUUGGCUUUUAAAGAUCUGGAUGACACUUCUGAUAAAAACAGCAUCCCUGAGGAUGGCUAUACAUUGAUAGCAGUUGUUGGAAUCAAGGAUCCAGUGCGACCUGGAGUCAAGGAAGCAGUUCAAACUUGUUUAGCAGCUGGAAUUACUGUACGUAUGGUCACUGGUGACAACAUAAACACAGCGAAAGCCAUAGCAAAGGAAUGUGGUAUAUUGACAGAGGAUGGUGAAGCCAUAGAAGGACCAGAGUUCCGUAGCUUGCCUCAUGAUGUUAUGAGGCAAAAAAUACCGAAAAUUCAGGUAAUGGCUCGGUCGUUGCCUUUGGACAAGCACACAUUGGUAACCCAGUUGAGGCAAAUGGGAGAGGUCGUCGCAGUGACUGGUGAUGGAACCAAUGAUGCUCCAGCUUUGCAUGAGGCAGAUAUUGGACUUGCUAUGGGCCUAGCAGGAACAGAGGUUGCCAAAGAAAGUGCUGACGUCAUCAUAAUGGAUGACAAUUUUUCAACUAUUGUAAAUGUAGCAAGAUGGGGACGUGCAGUAUAUAUCAAUAUUCAAAAGUUUGUGCAGUUCCAGUUAACUGUCAAUGUUGUUGCUCUCAUAAUCAAUUUUGUUUCUGCAUGCAUCUCUGGAUCUGCACCCUUAACUGCUGUGCAGUUACUCUGGGUAAACAUGAUUAUGGACACUCUCGGUGCACUAGCUCUGGCGACAGAGCCUCCAAAUGAGGGACUGAUGAAAAGGCCUCCAGUUGGUAGGGGCACAAGUUUCAUCACCAAGACAAUGUGGAGGAAUAUAAUUGGUCAGAGCAUAUAUCAACUCGCUGUCCUUGGAGUCCUCAAUUUUGGUGGGAAGCACCUACUGGGACUCAGUGGCUUAGAUGCUACUACAGUGCUUAAUACUUUGAUAUUCAAUUCAUUCGUAUUUUGCCAGGUGUUCAAUGAAAUAAACAGCCGUGAUAUAGAGAAGAUUAACAUAUUCCGCGGCAUGUUUGAUAGCUGGGUAUUUUUGGCAAUCAUAUUAAUAACAGUGGUUUUUCAAGUGAUCAUAGUUGAGUUCCUGGGAACUUUUGCCAGCACUGUGCCACUAAGCUGGCAAUAUUGGCUUCUCAGCGUCGCGAUAGGCGCUGUUAGCUUGCCUAUUGCAGUCUUGCUGAAAUGCAUCCCUGUUGAAAGUACAGCGGCUAAGCACCAUGAUGGUUAUGAUGCGCUCCCUUCUGGUCCAGAAUUGGCUUGACGGGGAGGUUUUUUUUUCCUUUUAUUUUACAACUGCAAGGCAAGUGGCUAAUAGAUUGUUUAACACAAUCUAAUUUUCUUUUUCCUGGAUGAGAUAAGUCUUGGGAAUACAAGUGCAGAGGAGAUAUAGACCUUUCACUGUCCUCUCUCUGCAUUUUGGCAUCUUUGCCUUGGAGAUUAAGAAAAGAUAAUGGCUUCAUUUGGUGGAGCAGUUGGGUUGAUUUUCAACGCUAUCUGUUAAGCUGUGGGGAAAAAAAACUGAGCUUAAAACUGUGAAAUAAGCUACCUAUACUGGAAAAGAAGGCUCUCUUUGGGUGCUCGCUUGUUAAAGAAUAGCCUUCAUUUCGAGCAUAAUUGGAGUGACAAUUUUGCCUUCAGUUGGAUUGACGAUAUUUCUUGGCUUUCUGAGUCUUCUUGCUCUCUUUCUUUGUUGGUGUUAUUGUUACAUAUUAACUGUUUAUAUAAAGAAAAUUUCACCUUGGCUUCUAAAGUGUAGUGCCAAUAUUUCUCGGCCUUUUAACUC